AUGGCGCGAAGCGCCGCCGCCCGGCUGCUCUCUUUCUCCCCUCUCCUUCUCGGCUCCAGCCACUGCCACUUGCGCCUUCGCCACCCUCCCCUCCUCCUACUCCCUACAUCCCGUUCUAAGACCACCUCCCGCAAGCCUCCCCGCUCACAGCCUCGUAGAAAGGUGGCGCCUGCGCCCGCCGGCAGCGGUCGCCCAGAGCCACCAGGAGCGCGCGCCUCUCUUUUCCAGGAAAUCUCCGAACUCGUUGCCUCAGUGGCCAAUGUCGAAGCGUUAGGACCCCGAAGGAAUGGCGGCGCGCCUUGUGAUGACCUCGGAGCUGCUGCUGUGGGGUGCACCGAAGGUGCUCGAGGAAUUGCUUCAGAGAGAGCGGCAUUGGCUUCUACCUCCAUUGCUGGCAGCAUUUCGGACCGGGUUGUUCUUGGUGACUCUGCAGAUGAUGGGAGUCGUCAAUCUUGUGGCACUAUCGCCAAUGCUGCAGAAGCAUUCUGCCGAGAGGCUGGAGACACUGGCAUGGCAGUAGAUUCUGAUGAUGAUAAUAUCAGCGCAAUGGUGCACAGGAUUACAGCAGUCCUCCGGUCGGAGGCACCUGGGCCGUCGGUGGAGCGGAAGCUUGAGAGACUGGGCGCUAAUUACACUCCGAACCUUGUUAACAUGGUGCUGAAGAGGUGCUUCAAGGUCAGGCAACCAGGAUUCUGGUUCUUCCACUGGGCAAAGCGACUCCCAGAUUUCCACCACACGACGGAGACGUACAACACGAUGCUGUACAUCGCGGGCGAAGCGAGGAGCUUUGGUAUCAUGGAGGAGCUCGUGGGCGAGAUGGAUCGGGAGAUGUGCUCCAAGGACAUGAAGACAUGGACGAUUUUAUUAUCCAGUUAUGGGAAGGCGAGGCAGAUCAGCAAGAUGCUGUCAACCUUUGAGGCGAUGAGGAAAUCGGAAUCCAUCUGGAUAGACAGUAAAGUCUAUAGGAUAGUUCUUCACGCUUUGUGCAAUGCUGAUAAGCCUGAGCUUGCUCUUGAAUUCUACAAGGAUAUGCCCAGCAAUGUGGAGGUCGGGACUGACAUUCUUCGACUACUAAUGUGUUGUCUUGCAACACAGGAUAAUACAGCUGAAGGUGUCUAUCUUAUCAGAGAUGAUAUGAUUGAGGGCAUGAAACAUCCAGAGGAGUACUGCUACACGGAGGCUCUUCGAAGCUUUUGCAUAGCAGGAAAGCUUGGUGAGGCAUGGAAAGUCUUUCAGAAGAUGAAUAAUAAAUUGAUGGCUAACUCAUCUGCACUUGAGAAUCUCCUGAGAGGGCUCUGCAGAGCAGGGAGAAUGGAUGAAGCUUUGCAGGUCACAGAAUACAUGAAGAGGACAUCAGGUCUAAACAGUACAACUUUUUCGUUCCUCAUCAAUGGCUACCUUAGGAAACGGGACCAUAUCAAGGCACUUGACUUGCUGCGGGAGAUGAGAGAAUAUGGAUGUGUUCCACUUGCGUCAUCUUAUACCCAGGUCAUGCAACACCUAUUUGCAAUAGAUCAGUGUGAAGAAGCAUGUGGACUGUUUGAAGAUAUGCUAAAAAACAGUGUUGAACCAGAUAUUGUUACGUUCACAGCACUGAUUUGUGGGCAUGUUCGCAGCGGACAUAUAUCCAAAGCAUGGGAUGUCUUCAGGAAUAUCAAUAAGAAUGGUCCGAAACCCACAUUGAAAGCAUAUACAGUGUUCAUGCGAGAGCUCUGCAAGGUGUCCAGGCACCUUGAGGCCGUAGCGCUUCUGAAGGAAAUGCUGGAAUAUGAUGUCAGGCCUUCUGAGACAACUUUCCGCUGGUUAAUUUCUGCUUUACGCGACAAAUCCUAUUUGGAAGAGGCAAGUUAUGUUGAGAGAAUGCGGGCAUCUUUUAAUUUGCGAAACCCUAGAGAUGGUUUGCAAUUCGAACAGUUAGAUGGCAUUGACAAUGUUGAUAAGUUUCAAAAAAUGCGCAAGUCUAAUCCCCAAGAUAAAGAACUGGCAUUGGAGUUCACUGGCUCUCCUUCAGAUCAAAAUGGUAAGGUCUCCAGUUUCACGCUUUCUGAUGAUACACAUCAGAAAGAACAACAGGACUACAGUGAUGGAGAUGUCGAAGAAAUAUGUCGGAUUCUGUCUUCUUCUGAUGAUUGGGGCUCAACUCAACAGGCACUGGAGAUGAGAUCAGUCCAUUUUAGUCCUAAUCUUGUUGAUGCCAUUUUGAAGCGUUGUAAAAGGAAUAGUCGUGCUGCUUUGCAAUUUUUCUCAUGGGUUGGGAGACGACCUUACUACAUUCCUACUACAAAAACAUACAAUACUGCUAUGAAACUUGCGGGUUCUGCAAAAGAUUUUAAGCACAUGUGGUAUCUGUACAGAGAAAUGUUAAGGACCGGAUGCUCCCCAACUGUGGAUACAUGGAAUGUCAUGGUCUGUCAGUAUGGCAAUGCUGAUCUGUCUGAAAAGGCCUUGAAGACAUUCUGUGACAUGAAGGAGUGUGGGUUUCUGCCUGAUAAAACUACUUACAAUCACCUGAUAAUGUACCUCACCUGCAGUAAAGGGCGGAAAAUAGAUGUGGCAGUCACAAUCUUCCAAGAAAUGUGUCAUGCAGGCCAUAUACCUGAUAAUAGGAUACUUUUCAUGUAUCUUUUGGCUCUAUGCGAGUGUAGGAAAAUAGCAGAUGCAACAAGCUCAGUAGUAUCCUUAUGUGAACGAGGAUUUUCUGUGCAGGUUGGCUACUCCAUAUUCCUUAGAUCAUUGUGCAGGGCUGAUAGAAUGGAGGAAGCUCUCCAUUUGUUCGAUUGUAUUGAGAAACAUGGUUGCUCCAGGGACCAGUACAUGUACGGGAGUCUCAUCCAUGUUUUGCUAAGGAGGGACAAAUUUGAAGAUGCUGUUGCCAAGCUUACAGAAAUGAAGAACGAAGGGAUACUUCAAAGCGCACAUAUAUAUACCUCCUUCAUUGUUUAUUACUUUCAGAAGAGAGAUGUUGUCAAGGCAUUGGAUGUGCUCAGGGAGAUGAAAGAGAAUGGAUGUGAUCCUACAGUUGUCACAUAUUCUGCUUUGAUCCGUGGCUACAUGGCCAUGGGUAUGGUUUCAGAGGCUUGGGAUGUUUUCCAACAAAUGAAGCUGAAAGGACCUGCACCAGACUUUGGAACCUACUCCAUGUUCAUGUCAUGCCUAUGCAAAGCAGGUAGAUCAGAGGAUGGGUUGCAUCUUAUCCAUGACAUGUCGGAUUAUGGUUUCAUUCCCAGCACAGUAAACUUCAUGACUGUUGUCCAUGGUCUAAAUGUGGAGGGCAAACAUGAGCUUGCUGAGUCUGUUCUACGGUCAAAAUGGCACUUGCGGAAGCAAAGAACCAUCUCAUAUUAG